AUGCCCCUGCGCCUGCUGUGUCUCCAUGGCUGGGGAACCAACCAGAAGAUUCUACGAUCACAGCUGAGUAUGAUUGUCGUUUUGUAUAAUAGGGAAUUCCUGACGCAUUAUGACCACGCAGGCGGGCUCAUAAAUGAUCUGGAGAGAGACAACACGGCCACAUUCCAUUUUCUGGAAGGGGAUAUUGACUCAGACCCUGGGCCAGGCAUCGGUGGCUUUUAUGAGGGGCCGUACUACAGCUACUAUCGCUUCCCACGGACAUUUUCUCCCGAGGACAGCGACGAGUCUGACAUCCACGAAGCCUAUGACAUGUUGUACGAGACUAUUGCCCUGGAAGGCCCUUUUGAUGGCAUAUUAGGUUUUUCGCAUGGCGGUACUUUGGCUGCAGGGUUCUUAAUUCAUCAUGCCAAGGUGUAUCCGACCGAGCCUGCGCUGUUUCGGUGUGCAAUCUUCGUGAACUCUUUGCCGCCAUUUCGGAUGGAUCCUGGAGAGCGCCCAGUGGUAGAAGAUGGACUUGACGGGUACAUCACAAUUCCUAGCGUGACGAUCGGGGGCACCAAGGAUCCAUUGUUUGAUUAUUCAUUAGCUUUGCAUCAAAUUUGUGAUCGACGGCGAUCCAUAUUUGCCGUGCAUAGCAAAGGCCAUGAUAUUCCCAACGACCGAAAAAAUGUUGCCGUGAUGGCGGCCGCAAUUCGAAAACUAUCCAUGCAGGCGUUGGGAAUCUGGUAA